CCUCUCUCUCCCUCCCUGCGAGCCGCCGUUCACUUACUGCCUCCCUUCCUUCUUUCUCCCUCCGCCACCCGAGCACCAGCCGCGCUCUGAGCUACCCCCGGGGUCCCUCCCCCGCCGCCAGAGGAGCAGCUGCCGCCGCCGCCAGCAGCAAAUUAGGAGGGAGGAAGGAAGGAAAGGAGGAAGGAAAGGGAGCCGGGGCGACUACUAAGAGGGAGCCGGUGAAUGGGCUUGUGGUGACCCCCGCCCCCCACCCCACCCUCCCUUCCCACCCGACCCCCAACCCCCAUCCCCAGUUAGAGCCGCCGCCCGAGAGGCCGGACCGUCAUCUUAGGAGGAAUCCCCGCCACCACCUCCGCCAUGGAGCUGAUCACCAUCCUCGAGAAGACCGUGUCUCCCGAUCGGCUGGAACUGGAAGCGGCGCAGAAGUUCUUGGAGCGUGCGGCCGUGGAAAACCUGCCCACUUUCCUUGUGGAACUGUCCAGAGUGCUGGCAAAUCCAGGAAACAGUCAGGUUGCCAGAGUUGCAGCUGGUCUACAAAUCAAGAACUCUUUGACAUCUAAAGAUCCAGAUAUCAAGGCACAAUAUCAGCAGAGGUGGCUUGCAAUUGAUGCUAAUGCCCGACGGGAAGUCAAGAAUUACGUUUUGCAGACUUUGGGCACAGAAACUUACCGGCCUAGUUCUGCCUCACAAUGUGUGGCUGGUAUUGCUUGUGCGGAGAUCCCAGUGAACCAGUGGCCAGAGCUCAUUCCUCAGCUGGUGGCCAACGUCACAAACCCCAACAGCACAGAGCACAUGAAAGAGUCGACAUUGGAAGCUAUUGGUUACAUUUGCCAAGAUAUAGACCCAGAGCAGCUACAGGAUAAAUCCAAUGAGAUUCUGACUGCCAUAAUCCAGGGGAUGAGGAAAGAGGAGCCCAGUAAUAAUGUGAAGCUGGCGGCUACUAAUGCACUCCUGAACUCAUUGGAGUUCACCAAAGCAAACUUUGACAAAGAGUCCGAGAGGCACUUUAUUAUGCAGGUGGUCUGUGAAGCCACACAGUGUCCAGAUACAAGGGUACGAGUGGCUGCCUUACAAAAUCUGGUAAAGAUAAUGUCCUUAUAUUAUCAGUACAUGGAGACGUAUAUGGGUCCUGCUCUUUUUGCUAUCACGAUUGAAGCAAUGAAAAGUGACAUUGAUGAGGUGGCCCUACAAGGGAUAGAAUUCUGGUCCAAUGUGUGUGAUGAGGAAAUGGACUUGGCCAUUGAGGCUUCUGAGGCAGCCGAACAAGGACGACCUCCUGAGCACACCAGCAAGUUUUAUGCCAAGGGAGCACUCCAGUACCUGGUUCCCAUCCUCACACAGACACUAACCAAACAGGACGAAAAUGACGACGACGACGACUGGAACCCCUGCAAAGCAGCAGGCGUGUGCCUCAUGCUUCUGGCCACCUGCUGUGAAGAUGACAUCGUCCCACAUGUCCUCCCCUUCAUUAAAGAACACAUCAAGAACCCGGAUUGGCGGUACCGGGAUGCAGCAGUAAUGGCUUUUGGCUGUAUCUUGGAAGGACCAGAGCCCAAUCAGCUCAAACCACUAGUUAUACAGGCUAUGCCCACCCUAAUAGAAUUAAUGAAAGACCCCAGUGUAGUUGUUCGAGAUACAACCGCGUGGACUGUGGGCCGAAUUUGUGAACUGCUCCCUGAAGCUGCCAUCAAUGAUGUCUACUUAACUCCCCUGCUGCAGUGUCUGAUUGAGGGCCUCAGUGCUGAACCCAGAGUGGCUUCAAAUGUGUGCUGGGCUUUCUCCAGUCUGGCUGAAGCUGCUUAUGAAGCUGCAGAUGUGGCUGAUGAUCAGGAAGAACCAGCUACCUAUUGCUUAUCUUCUUCUUUUGAACUCAUAGUUCAGAAGCUUCUAGAAACUACAGACAGACCUGAUGGACACCAGAACAACCUGAGGAGUUCUGCAUAUGAAUCUCUGAUGGAAAUUGUGAAAAACAGUGCCAAGGAUUGUUACCCUGCGGUUCAGAAGACUACUCUGGUUAUCAUGGAGCGACUGCAGCAGGUGCUCCAGAUGGAGUCACAUAUCCAGAGCACAUCGGAUAGGAUCCAGUUCAAUGACCUUCAGUCUUUGCUCUGCGCAACUCUUCAGAAUGUUCUCCGGAAAGUACAACAUCAAGAUGCUUUGCAGAUCUCUGAUGUGGUCAUGGCCUCCCUGUUAAGGAUGUUCCAAAGCACAGCUGGGUCUGGGGGAGUGCAAGAGGAUGCCCUAAUGGCAGUUAGCACACUGGUGGAAGUGUUGGGUGGUGAGUUCCUAAAGUACAUGGAGGCCUUUAAACCCUUCCUGGGCAUUGGAUUGAAAAACUAUGCUGAGUACCAGGUUUGUUUGGCAGCUGUGGGCUUAGUGGGAGACUUAUGCCGUGCCCUGCAGUCCAACAUCUUACCUUUCUGUGACGAGGUGAUGCAGCUCCUCCUGGAGAACCUGGGGAAUGAAAAUGUCCACAGGUCUGUGAAGCCACAGAUUCUGUCAGUGUUUGGUGAUAUUGCCCUUGCUAUUGGUGGAGAGUUUAAAAAAUAUCUAGAGGUCGUCUUGAAUACUCUUCAGCAGGCCUCCCAAGCCCAGGUGGACAAGUCAGACUAUGACAUGGUGGAUUACCUGAAUGAGCUAAGGGAAGGCUGCUUGGAAGCCUAUACCGGCAUUGUCCAGGGACUGAAGGGAGACCAGGAGAACGUGCACCCGGAUGUGAUGCUGGUACAACCCAGAGUAGAAUUUAUUCUGUCUUUCAUUGACCACAUUGCUGGAGAUGAGGAUCAUACAGAUGGAGUAGUAGCUUGUGCUGCUGGACUGAUAGGGGACUUGUGUACAGCAUUUGGGAAGGACGUACUGAAAUUAGUAGAAGCUAGGCCAAUGAUCCAUGAACUGUUAACUGAAGGACGGAGAUCGAAGACUAACAAAGCAAAAACCCUUGCUACAUGGGCAACAAAAGAACUGAGAAAACUGAAGAACCAAGCUUGAUCUGUUACCAUUGGGAUGAUAACCUGAGACCCCCACUGGAAAUCUCCAAUCUUUUGAAAAACCCGGAAGUGAGGAGUGUGCACGGAUGCUGAAUGUUUGGGAAUGAGAGGAUGAGUGAGUGAGGCUUGAAAACACACCACAUUGAAAAUCCUGCCACAGCAGCAGCCGCAGCCGCCAACAGCAGCGCUGUUAGUGAGCUAAGUAAGCACUGACUUCGUAGAAAACCAUAACGUCGGCCAUCUUGGAAAAGAGAAAAACGAUGGAUGUAAUUGCUUAGGAAAAAAAAAAAAAAGGAAGUUCUCUCUUCCCAGGACAGGCUAGAACUAGCUUUUCUGUCUUUUGGCCGGUGCCGAGUGGAGUGACUGGUUUGGGAGAGGAGGAGGGACUGGGUUCAGCUGUGGUGCUUUGUUGUAAAAGGCAGUCUGGCCUUUGCUACUGACAAGAAAGAUGGAGCCUGGGUCUCAAGCCCACCUUUGGUGUACCAUUGUCACACGGUACUGUACGCGUGCCGGCUAAAAGGAGGGUGAGGGAUUCUUUACGGUCUGAGAAUGAGUGUGUGUGAGUGAGGCGGUAUCCACAUUCUCAACUUCAAGUCAUUGCAGUUUCUUUUUCCCAGAAAAAAAGGGGUUAGAUGUUGCAUUUCAUAAAACUAACCGAAGUCCUGUCUACUGAUGCAGCACAAGAGAUGUGUAAAAAAAAAAAAAAAAAAAAAAAAAAAAGGAAAAAAAAAAAGGAAAGACGCUCUUUAGGUUUUGUUUUUUGUUUUGUUUUUUUAAUUACCUUCUAGGGAAAACACUGACGAAUGGUCAGAGCUCCCGUAUCCUGAUCUUUUCAUCAAGGCGCCUUUCCUAAUAAUAUGGUUCAACUGUGAAUGUAGAAGUGGGGGGGAGGGGGGGAGAAAAAGAAAACUCUGGAGUUAGAGGAUCUAGAAAAAAUUAAAAUACAAUUGUUACAAAUAAAGAAUGCAGACUUCAAAACAAAAGAAAGCCACAACCCAAACAAACCAAAAUUUAGAUGCUCAGAAGUAGCAGCACAAAAGAAAAGGUCUCUCCUGACAUGUAUGGUGGCAGUCUGAACACCCCCAGAAAAUUGUGCCAAAGAGUUUAAAAACAAAUACACAAUAAAAGUAAACACACGCGCACACACACACACACACACACACACACAGAGCAAACUUCAGGUAACUAUUUUGGAUUGCAAACGAGGAUAAAUUUAAUGUUCAAACAAUCUGAUAAAAUAACCAUUUGGAAACUGCUUGGCCUUCUGUUCUCUUUUAUUUGAUUGACUACAAUGCGGUAUUGGUCUCUUGCUGCACUUCAAAACCAACUAAUCAACAAAAUAAAACUUAAAAAACAAAAGUAUAUAUAUACAUACAUAUAUAUAUACUAGGACUCUUGUGAUGAAAAUGGCACUUGAAAAAGGUUUUAUUUUUCCACUGAAGUUGAAGAUUAAUAAAAUGGUGUCAGACAUUCCCCUGGUCACACACUUUAAUAUUUUUUUAAAAGUGUGAUGUGCUAUGAGAACCAUAAAGCAGACUUCGCUAUUUUCCCUUUUACAAGGGAACAGGGCACCCGGAAUUUUGGGUUUAGAAUCUUUCAGCAAUAAGGAGGGAUGUCGGUGAGCUUUGACCCCCUUUUGGUUUUUGCAGUUACUAGUAGUUUUUUGCUGGCAUUUUGAAUAUGCUGCUUUCAAAAACACCAAGGAAGAUCUUUAAUUGCUUCCUGGUGUUUGGAGGAUUAAAAAACAAGACCUUAAAUUCCCACUUUCAUUUCCAUUCUAGCAAAAGAAAUGUGGGCUUACAUUUUUCUCUUUGCCAUUUUCCCCUCCCCAUCCAAGCCUUCCAUUCAUAAGUGGGAUUGGCUCGGUUUUGCUCAUCCAUAUGGCAGCAUCUCUAAUCGCUCUUGUACAGGGUAUCAGAUAUUGUGCCUUUUGGUGCCAGGUUCAAAGUCAAGUGCCGAUCUAUGAACCAGUGUACAAAAAAAAAAAAAAAACCACACACAAAACACAAAAAACAGGUGUUUGAAGGAAAGACUCCGUUGUGAAUAUAAAGAGUUCGUACCACCUGCUAAGCCCUACUAAGAAGAGACCUGACCCUCUAAUCCCGUUUAAAUGUUAGUUGUCCCUUGAGGAGAGGGUGAUACACUAACCAUUCCUGAUAGAUAGGGGUUGGUCAGGGCUUAGGGAGGGGGCAGGAAUGUUGGGGAGAAAAAAAAUCUGAUCAUUCCUCAGUGCUACCCAUUUCUGUCCUGUGUGGGCUGCUUAGCUAGACAGCAGGAGAAUAAAGUACACCGAGAACCAUAAUGGAAACAAAACCUUCCGUGUGUUUUGUCAUGUUUUGUUCCAGGGAAGCAGUUGACAAGUGCUGUUAUUAACGCUUUCUCCCAGAUCCAUUCAGUGAUGGAGAGGAGGAAAAUGGGCUGGUUGGACUGUGGUCUUGGUGCCUUGCAGGCGUUCUACACUGGUUAUGCAUUUAAUCCUCUUUCCUAGUUACUUUUGGCUAGUGGGUUUUCCAGAGUCUGGGCUCUUACCCUGAAUCAACUGUACCACCUAAGGUAACUGGGUGCAAGAUGCAUUCAGUCCACUCACUGUCCGGGCCUUCCCCACCCUAGUCUUGGCACAUUCCUCCAAGAAUGUAGUUACCGUCUGCUUGGGAAGAUGUCAGUGCAAAUGUGAAGCAAAUGGGCAUCGGACUAGGCUUUGGUUUGCCGUAAGUGGCAGCUGCCUGUAUCAAUUACGAUUACACUUAUUAAUUUUGCUUUUCAUUUUCCUGGUUCCCCUCAGCUCCCCUCUGUUGAAAUGUUGAACUUCGGACUGUCAGAGGCAACUGUAAUCUUGCCUUAGGGACUUGUGGAGAAAGGGAGGGGAAAUGCUCAGUGCAGUGUUUUCACUUUCAGAACCAAGUAAUCUAGUCCCUCUGAUAUUUAAGAAGUGUGUUAGUCCGACUUCUAUGAGAAAUCUCAACUCCAUCAGCUUUUGAUAGCAUCUCGGUUUUGAAACAACUUCAGUCUGUAAUUGGCAUUCAGAAUGCCCUUGGCAUGCCAGUCUGUGAUGGCAUUAAAGACCUGUUAAAACACUUGAGCCCAACUUUAUUAACCAAAACUGAUACCACCAUCUUUAUCUUCUAAAUAAAGUCCGCUUUAUUUUUAUUUUCAA